AUGAUUUUCCCAAAGCUCGCACUCGUAGCCACUGUGCUCGUUUCCGGCAUCGCGGCCUCGCCCUACCAUACAAAGUCUGUUGACAAACGAGGCCAGAAUGUCAUCAUCGGGUACAGAACUGUUGCAAAGGAACAAGCACAAGAUUACAUGGCCAAGAAGACGCUCACAUUGACGAGACCUGCUAAUGGCCAACAAAUCGGCGACGGCGUUUACACGUCUCCCGAGCCUGGCGAGUGGCCUAUUCACGGCUCUAACCCUUGGUACUGCGCCAUCUUCGCCGAUGCGGAGGCUCUCGCUAGCACAGCCAAGGUGUGGGUGCCGAGGGAGACUUGGUGGAAGAGUUCAGCCAUUGACGGCUUCAUCUCAGGCCAAGGCUUGAACCCCGCAAAGACAAUGCGCAUGGCAUUAGUUUACAAUGAAGAGCACCUUCAGCAGAUGUUGAUCCCCAAAGCGCUGCUCAACAGUGAAGGCGGUGGCCUGGGCAUCUCGGUGCUGUGCAAGGAGAAGCUGGAGGAGCUACCCAGGGCGCGAGUCGACUAUGAGAGCCGAGAAUGGAAGAACGCCAAGGGCGAGGUGCAGAAGCCUGUCAAGGCUGCUGAAGAAGGGGCUGUUGAAGAGGGUGCUGCUGAGGAAGGUGCUGCCGAAGGAGCUGUCGAAGAAGGAGCUGCUGUUGAAGAAGGUGUCGCCGGAAAUGCGAUUGGCGACGCCGACCUCCAGGCCGCGCUCAAGGCAGGCGAGGUUGGCGAGUACAGGUUCUAUGCGGCUGCUCUCGAAGGUGCCGGGGCGGCCGCGACUGCCGCCGAGGAAGAAGCUGUGAUUGCUGGAGCCGACGCCACGGCUGUCGAAGUAGCUGCCGAGGAAGCGGCAGCAGAUCUCGCGCUUGCUGAGGCUGGUGAAUCCGCCAUCACUGGGGUGGUGCUGCUCGAGGAGAUUCUCAUUGUUUAG